CUGUAGUAUGUAAUGCUCUCCGGGGUUGUUCCCCUACUCCAUCGUCGGCAUCACGUGCGCCAGCCGGACUAUCGGAGCGGCUUAUCGAAACACCUCCAUUUGGCAUUCCAGGAUCGUUUAUUUACAUUCUCGAUCCCCAAUAAUAUUAACACACAGCUUGCUCAAGCACUGUCCGAUCCUUUCAUGAGACAUGACAACGCCGUCGUUCUUGACCUCCAGCAAAAAUGAGGAAGACCCAGCACCCGACCCUCUGUACCUUACGAUCCGCUUCUCAGCCUCGAUAGCCGACCUCCCUCUAGAAGUUCUAUACCCCGACACCACCACCGCAGCAGGCCUGAAACAAUUAAUCCGCACCCGUCUCCCCUCGAAUCUCUCCUCCCAUCGCCUCCGUCUCAUCUACGCCGGUCGCGGCCUCGAAGACACCGCCGCCCUCGCCACCUCCCUCAAACUCCCUCCAUCUCCCGCCCGAUCGCCCAGAGUCCCGCACAAUGACGACUCCGAUAACCCCGACGCCCAGAGCAACGGCAAGAGCAAAGGCAAAGGCAAAGGCAAAGCGCCGGUCCGCGAGCCGCCCCGUCUCUACAUCCACUGCUCCAUCGGCGACAUCGUCCUCUCGGCAACGGACCUAGCCGCAGAAGCCGCCGUGUCGUCGACGCUCCGACAAGCGCCGGAGCAAGACGGCGCCCCCGCGCAGCGUUCAGGCCUAUACACAACACUCCACGGCCAGCGGUCAUUACAGCAGCAACAGCAGCCGGAUGGCUCCACCACGACGCCUGCCCCCCGCGGCUUCGACAGGCUGCUCUCCGCCGGGUUUACGGCCGCGGAGGUCUCGGCGCUGCGCUCGCAGUUCAUGGCCAUUCAGUCCGUGUCGCGAACGCCCGACACGAUGCCCUCUGGGGCGGAGCUGCGCGAGCUCGAGGACCGAUGGAUGGACGAGGGUUCAUCGUCCAUGGCGGCUGGGGCGGGGGGUGGUGCGGGAGCGUCGUUGACGGACGACGACGAUGGCGGGUUUGGGGCCGGGUCGAGAGGCGCGAUGGAUGAUAUGCUGUGGGGGGCUGUGAUGGGGUUUUUCUGGCCGGUGGGAUGUGCGAUGUGGUUGAGGCGGGAGGAAGGGGUUUGGAGCUGGCGGAAGGGAUUGGCGGUGUUUGUGGGAGUCGUGGUUAAUGUUGCGUUUGGGGCGAUGCGGAUGAUGAAUUGAGAGGGUGACGUUGUUUGAGACUUGCUGUGAAGUGAAGUUGUUAUGCUGUACAUACUACCGAUGAUACCCCCUCUACUUGUUGAACCAGAAGCUAUUUGAUUGAGUCCACGAG